GGCUCAUAGCUCCCAUCCAGCUCGGCUUCUUCAGGAACACAGGAGUUCCCGACCAACCAGUCGCCAUGAGUUCACUCAGUGUGGCCAACACCAAGUUCACCCUUGACCUGUUCCGGCAGCUGAGGAAGGAUGGGGACAACGUCUUCUACUCCCCGGUCAGCAUCCUGUCAGCAAUGGCCAUGCUCGACCUAGGGGCCAGGGGGAACACUGCCCUGCAGAUGGAGAAGGUCCUUCAUUUCAAUGAAAUCACAGAAAAAGCAACAAAGAAACCCACAGCCCCUCAUGUAAGUAUUCUGGUCCUGGGAGAGCUCCAGGUAUCUGAAGUAUCUGAGAGGGUCAUACUUUAA